AUGUGCGUGAGCACAGCCAGGCUCACGCAUUUACCUGGAGCUGGUGCUCCGACUGUCGCUGCUUCCCCCCUAGAUCCCAGUGACCGUAUCAUCUGCUCAAUAACAGUGGAGACUCCAGAACAAUCGACGGCAAGAAAAACGCCGUUUCCAGGACAAAUUCGCUGGAUCUCCCGUACUGGAUCCACGACUUUCUCCUCCUUGUUCACCGAGACCGAGGAGGCUCACGAGAAGGCAUUGGCAACCUUGUGUAAGGAGUUUGACGACCAGCGAGCUAUCCCUGCGGCCCAGUGGGCUCGCUGUUUCAUACGGAAGUAUCGCAACUUCAGCAUCCGCGUCACAUCUGGGACACAAGCGAGCAACAAUAUCAAGACCUAUCUUCUGAAUGGCAUAGACCAUCUAUAUCGGCUUAUCGAGGCUAUACAGGACAUGAUGAAGGACCAGGAGCGAGAUUUCAAUGAUGCUUGCGCGGCGGACGAGGUACUUACCUCACGAGAGUAUAUAGGGUCCAGCUCGGAGUAUCUAGGCGAACUCCGGACAGUACUCUCUUCGAAGGGUCUUGGGCUGAUUACGAAACAAUGUCGGCUGGUAAAGAAAGCAUUGUCGACGAGAAAGAACCCAUUCCCUGACCCUCUUAUGGAUUGCAGUGAGGACUGCUCUGUUUCGACCGAGGUUGGUAUUCCCUGCUGCCAUAAGAUUUACUCAAAGCUGGGGAGUGGCACGCCUUUCACCAAGUGGGAGGUCCAUCCGCGGAUCGCCACUGCUCUCCGCGGCAGAGCUAAGAACAUCACACAGGCUAUUCCAGCGCGACUAGCCAUCGAGGCAAACAGCCAACCCAGUAGUCAGCCAGCCAGCCAGAAAACCAGCAAGCCAGGCACCAGGGCAUCAACACUACCUAGGCUUGCACUGGAAGCGAGCCAACAGGCCAGCAUACAGGCUAGUAGUCAGGCCAGUACCUCAUCCCAGCGCCAGACGCGCAGCCAGUCAGCUGUUCUUGGAGCUGAAAGAACUACAGGAGCACGUGCCUGCGGUCGGAAGACGCAACCUAGCAUUCGCAGACGAAGGAGUCAGUGGGAGCUGCUUGAUAGCGACGAAGAGGUUCUCCCUUGUAUAGUAGUUAGAGGAUAG